CCUUGUUACAGCUGUUUCUACAAGGACUAGGUUAUGAGGAGUGGAGUGGACGAUCAUCUCAUGUCUUGUGUGCUUUUCUUUGUAAAUUCGUAAAACGUGCUUCUAUAAAUGAAAUUGACAUAGUUUUUAAGUUUUAUAUUUUGAUUCAUUCAUAAAUGAUGCACGGACCCUGAAAUGAAGCAUUUUAGAGUGAGCUCUAACUUCUUUUUUAUAACUUCAUGCUCUUGUAACGUCAAGUAUUAUUUGCUGUGACACUAACGUCAUAGACGUGAUCAAACUUGUGCAAUGACACUUUUAAUUCCGAUUAAAAUUUGAUUUACGUAUUUUUUCUGAACCUGGAUCCAUUAAAUAAAAAUCUGUUUUGUGAAUUAUAUUAAGUAUCAGUGCUCGGCUCUUUACUAAAUGUACAUUUGAAGUCAGGAAAACAUAACCUCUAUAUAUUUCAAGAAAGCACCCAGUCACCUAUCGAAAAUAGAAUACUAUUGGCACCAUUUACGUUCAGCAACUUCUAUAAUAACUCAAAAAGGAAAGUUGAAUUUUGAAUCAAAUCUUUUCGGAAAUGUCAAAUCUCUCCUACAUACGUGGCGAAUCAAAAUUAUCAGUAUUCAGUCAGCUUAUUAUUAUUUUGUGAUAGAAGGGUUUUUGUAUUGUAAAAUGAGUGAAAAAGUGAUAAUGUAUUGUUACAACGAGCGGUAGUUAAGAUUGAGCAUCACAUAACAACAUUUUCCGCGGGUUUUCUGAUUGUUCAUGUCGUCAAUUUCGGUCAUCUAGAAGAUUUGUGAAUGAUGGAGAACCUUCAUAACAGUAUUGGCACAGUGUCUGGAAAAAUAACCACCAGAAAAAUGAUGUCAUUGCGCAGUCGCAAUGCAAUACCUUCUGCAUCUUCGUCGUCAUGGCAACCAAGAACAAACACUCGGAGGUCGGCCAGGAUAGCCAGGGAGGUGUUUGGCGCGUGGUGUCGCCGCGUCGGUCCCUCGCCGGCUGGCGUCAUCAACAACCGACUGCCAGCUGAUCAGGUGCAGGCGCUCUUCAAUGACAUGCAGCUCUUUCCAUCCAACACUCAAGUGGGAGAGAUGUUGCAGUGUGCAAAGGAGUGUGCCGUGGACCGGGGCAAUGGCGCUGGCUCUUACCUCACAUUCAGCGAGUUCUGUGUCUUCGCAACCGAACUGAAAAGAUGCUAUGAAAAAGGGAUAUCGUGUCCAGGAUCAUUAACAAGACUGCUAGAUCAGAACGGAGUGGAGAGGAAACGGAAAACACGGAGGAUGCCCAAGGUCAUAGCCAAAGAUGAAGUAUUCCUUGGCGGGUCUUGCAACCCUACCACUUGGAGACAGAAUGUAGCCAUUCCAUUACUAGAAAAACUAGGCAUUACCUAUUAUAAUCCACAAGUGGAGGAGUGGAGCGCGGACCUGCUGGAGCUGGAGCACGUCGCCAAGGAGCAGGCAUCGGUGCUGUUCUAUGUGAUCGACUCGCAGACGCGCAACAUCGCCGGCGUCAUAGAGGCGGCGCACCUGGCGGGCGCCCGUCGCAAACUGGUGCUGGUGCUCGACAAGUAUCAGCCCGGCCAGUCGCUCGCCUCUGGCACGGAGACCAUCUCUCAACUAGAAUAUGAGGAAUUGAGUGCUGGCGUACAAGUGCUUCAAGACCUGGUUGAGAAGCAAGGCAUACCUGUUUUCGACAACAUACCUGUAGCCAUCAACUGCACUGCUAAGGUGCUGAGAGAUGAUUUGAAUGGACAAGAUGGAAACUUAUCAAGCAUCCAAUGCAACAAUGCAGAUAACCAUCAGGUUGGAGAAAGACUUAUGAGAUUAAGGGAGGCAUUCAAUGCGCUGGAAAAGAAUAGAUGUGGACAAAUCAGCCUAACGGAUGUAUGCAUUGCAUGCAGAGUUCUAACCAAUAGGAAACUCUCAGUUGCUGAGUUGAAGAGUUUAGUUGCAUCACAAACAGACUGUAACGAUAUUGAAAGGAGAGUGAAUUUCGAGGAGUUCUGUUCCAUUAUUUCCAAGCUGAAAACGGCGCCCAAUGGUACCAAUGAAAAGUGGACGCUGUGUUGGAGACCGUUUGGUGCCCCCGGUGUGAACAUCUACGAUGUUUUCCUCGGAGGCUGCAGCUCUUCUAGCCAAUGGACAGACAAUGUAGCCAUUCCAAUUCUCAACAAACAUAAACUGACAUUCUACCGUCCCAAGUCAAGUAGCAAAAGGCUAGACGCCUCUGAUCUCAGCGCCAUGGACAAUUGCUAUCUGCUCCUGUUUCACAUACCCAACUGCAUUCGCGGACUCACCAUCAUGGCUACGGCCGCUCACUACAUUGGAUUGGGAUGCAACGUUGUUUUGUGCAUCGAACAGAUACCAGAGAGGCGAAAGUCCAUCGUGCAAAAUGAAUUGCUUAGUGCUCAGGCCGUGAACGAUUAUAACAGAGGCCGGGUCUACUUGAGGGAUUUAGCGAUAAGAGAUGACAUUCCUGUAUUUGAUAACAUUGAAGAAGCCAUCCAGUGUGUGUUAGAAAAACUUACUGCCUGCUAGCUAGUGUCUUGAUAAGUAGUAUCACAUCUCAUUAUGUACCUUUCCUUAAUUCUAUCAAAUAAAUAUGAUAAUCUUUCAAUCAGUAUUUAUGUAAGUUAAACCAACCCGUAAAUACGUUUCAUUGUCUUACUCGUAGCUGUAUUCAUUUCAUGUUGUAAAACAAAUUUGAAAACCUCAUAAAAAUUUCGAAUUCGCAUUUCAAUAUGUAGCUUUGGUCAUAUAUAAAUUUGAAACUUACAUCUCUUUUUUAUAAAUAUAUGGGACAGUUUCAUGUCUGUUUUAUUACAUCACAUCUUUUUAGUUUAUAUGUAAAAGCUUCUGGUGAUUGUAUUAUAGAUUUUUUUAGUAAAACAUGAAAGUAUAAUUAAUUUAUUCUAAGUAUCUGUAUUAUUGUUCGGUAUCUAGCUUUGAUAUUGUUGAAGGGUAUUUAAUGAUUAAUAAUAUUGUUAUACCAUUUUAUACAUAUUUAAUGUAACGCCUUUAAUAUUGUAUUUUGCUAUUCACUACUGAUAUGAUAAUCAAAAUGUUAUGAAAUACGGUAUUGUAAUUUAUCUUCAUUGAUUUGUACAAUAUUAAUCAUAGAAACAAGCUUAAAAUGUUUUGUUGAUUAUUCGGCUUGAUGAGUUAAGAAUCUGUGUCAUUCCAACUGAAAACAUUAAUAAUAAUGUACCUUACUACCUCCGCUUAGUACUUAUUUUUUAGUUGUUUCUUUAGAAUAACAUUUGUUUCAGUUUAGUACAAAGUUUUCCUGUAAUAAAUUGUUCUCUUGGAUCACUGUCUUUCAACUUCAAUAAUUUUAAACUAAAUUCUUUAGAAAAACUCAUGAAUUCUGGCAAUGGAGUUGAUAUUUAAAAUUUUUCAUAUAAAUGUUUAAUAAUCCAUUAAUGUUGAUUUGUUUGUUGAAUUUAUUCAUUUCAAUGACUAUGUGGUACAAAAUGAAACUUUACCUUAGGUAUUAUUACUGUAAUGAUAAACUUUCCUUCGUUAUUGAGGUUUUUGGAAGAGCGAAAAAAACAGUUUUGGCCUUGAAAAUAUUUUGUUAUUUUAAUCUGAAAAUCUUGUACUCAACUCUAUAGAAAGUAACAGAUUUUUCUUAAACAUCGGAAGUUUAUCAACAUAAUUACUAAAUAUAGUAGGAGCAAGUUCAAAUUUUCAAACAACUGGAAAUCGCGUAUUUUGAACUUGCAGUCAUAUUGAUGAAUCUUAGCCAGUCACGCUUUGGUUCUGGGCUUACAACGUUCGAAUCAUAAAUAUGGCACCAAGUUUACAAACCGUGAUCUCCAAUUUUUGAAAAAUAUGAACUUGCUUCAAUAAUCAUGUUGAUCCACAUUAGAAGGUCUGAAAAGUCUAACUAAAAAAAACAUUUUAGAGAAAUAUGAAAGAGGUGGAUAUUGUAUGUGCUCUUUCUCAAAUUUUCAGUUUAAACAGUGUCAUUUUCUCAAUCAAACAAUUUGAGUAAUCAAAUUUCAAUAAAUUCCCUACUAGAAGUGCAGUAUCAAUAAUAAUAAUAAUAACAUUUGAAACAAUUACGCACUUGUUGCAAACAGUAUGAUAUUUUAUAUAAGUUGGAAACUAAUUAGUUGAUUCUGUACUGUAUGCUGUAUGUAAAUAAAUUCUCUCAUGAAUGAAAAUUAAUUUUAUUUUUAUACACACUAUAGAUAAAAAUACCUAUUUGCCUCUUGGGAAUUUUAUUGCUGUGAAGUGUAUGUGCCUGAUUUUAUUCAUGUUUUUUAUUAUUACUUCAAGUAUUGAAUUCCUGUACUUUUCAUUUCAAAUGUAGUAAAGUUUAACGGCUCGUAAUCAAAAAUAUAUAAAUUAAUCCAAACUUUUAUGUUAUCUAAAUUUAGACCAUGUAUCUUUAAAUUAAUAAUAGUUUAACAAUUUGUAAUUAAUGAUGACACCAUUGUACCUUAUUUAGAAUAGCAUUAUUAUCUAACAAUAUCCAUAAUUUGUUCAUUAUUUUAAAUCCCCGUUGAAUGACUUUUCAAUGUUGUAUUAGCAAACUAGAUAAUUAUAUUAAAUAUCACAUGUUUCCUAUGGAAUAGUAGCCUACUAAUCUGUUGUAAUAUUUGUGUUUAAAGCAAGUUAACUACAUUGACUAUUCAAUUUUUUAGCUCAUCCAAUAAAUAUGAAUUCCUUGCAGCGAAUUUUAAAAUAUUUCAAGCUCCAAGCCUCUGUUCCUAGUGAAAACUAUUGUAACAUCACAUAAUGUAUCUUUUUUAUUGUAUAUUAUAUUACAUUUUAUUGACAAUUG